UCAAGUUCUUGAUGUAAGCAAUGUUGAUAUUUGUGUGUCGUUUACACCCUUUUCAUAGAACCCUAAAAAGUUACCGUCAAAAUUCCGUUCCAAAAUGUAAUUAUCCAUUUUAGUUAAGAUUGUUGGUUCCAUAAGAAAAAUAGCAGCAAAUUCACAAUGUCAAUGAACGUUUGAAUAUACAAUGGCUCCAAAAUCAUCCAAAGACAAGAAACUAUGCAGAUUCUGUCAGCACCCCGUUGGUGACAAGAGUGGAGUAAAAUGCAAGGGGGACUGCGGCAGAUGGGCCCACUACAAAUGUCUUGGCUUCACCCCCCAAAUGAUCCUGGACGCACACGAUGGUAAAAUCGACUUGGCUUGUAUAUGUCCAAACUGUUCCGCAAAAAUGUUCGACUACGAACUAAACAGAGAAAUUCCAUGUGUACAAGUGGAUGGAGCUUGUCCGACGGUGGAAACCCUUCAGAAGCGAUUUAAAAAGCCAUCUGCUUGCGAGCCUAUACCCCUGUGCAGCAAUGAUCAAUGUAUGAAAUCCAUGGAUCCAAGAACGAAAAAAACUUUCUGUGCCUGUCAUCCUACAGCGGUGAGAAGACAGGAGCCGCCGACGACUCAAAUGCAACCUAAUCCUACAACGGUGGAAACCAUGGCGUUGCAGGAGACAAAGCCUGUUUUCUGUGUUUGCCAUCCAACGGCUAUGAAGACCGAAGAGGCGCAAAUAAAAGAGUCAGCUGCCAGCGAUCUUUCAAGGAUGAAGACCAAGGCGUCGCGGAAGACAAAGCCAGCUUUCUGUGUCUGCCAUCCUACUGCUGUGAAGACUGAGGAUCAGCGGAUGAAAGAGACAUCUGCUAGCGAUCCAACAACGGCGGGAACCAAGAACAUGGCGAAGAAUCUAAUGGUCUGCUCAUGCGAUUCUCAAAGGCAAUUAACACCAAAUAAAGUUUCCCGGAAAUGCAACUGUCAAGGUGAAGCUGCUUCAAAAUCGUCAAAGCAUGGUGUAAAAUUCGAACCCGAAAAAGACAAACCAGAAACAAAUCUGCCCCCGUACAUGUCUUGCGGACCCAAAAACCCUUGUUGGCCUUGUUGUCCCAAUUAUCCAUGCAAAAAAAAUAGUAGAAUAAAAAUAAUACCCUACAAAUAUAAAAAUUAUAACUAUAAAUUACCUCUAAGUGAUUGCAAUGCGUCACAACCUAGCGAAGCCCUAUUCGACUCCAUGACCCUUCCUCCAAAUCAAAAUCUUGUUUGUGAUUCGUCCGCUUGCCGAAGCUCAACUUGUGGGCAGACUGGGUUGUGUAAUGAUACAUUAGAUACUUUUAUGGAGAAAUUUCGGUUGCCAAGUUGCUCUAAAGAGCCUAGAUCGAUUCCAAUGAUUUCCAAUGCUCGCAAACCUAAAACUCUUGAACAACCAAAGGAAAUGCUGAAAGCGACAUCGUUCCCUACAAGUGAUCCACUUGCAAACCUGUAUCUAGGGUCAGAAAACGCACCGUGCAGAAAUUGCAAAUGUGAAUUUGGUCCGACACUAGAUCAAUUUAAAUGCGUAUCAGCAUUAUGCUCAGCAAAGCACCCAAAGAAUCUCUCUGCACCUAUUUUAAAGCGCAAAUAAUAAAUCAAAGUCUAGGUCUAACGGGAACGUGACAACAGACUAGAAUAAUAUACAUUAUUUAUAAUGGCUCCUGUC